CAUUGCGUAGGAUUUCCAUCCGCCAUAUUGCCCUUAUUGAAAAUAAGUUGUUUUUUUUUCUGGACUUAACUUAGGAGUCGGCGAUAUGUCGACAGAAAGUGCUUUUUUCGAUAGUCAACUUGGGCAGAUGUCAAAUAAAUUAAUGGCUGGAUCGAAUAAAAAUUUAUUUGCCGAAGUGACCCAACGUUUUCGUGUUCUUCCUGGACCAGGAUUGAACGACAUCGCCAAAGUAACAGAAGAAAGUACACAAACAUUUUCUAGUUCACCCUUAGAUCAGGUCCGACGAGAGGCGGAGAUUAUGGCAGAAGAUGUUGUUUUGAACUUUGAUGAUAAAAAUUUGAAACGUCCUCCCAACAGAUAUUGCAAAACACUCAGAAGAACAGUUAAAGAGCUCUCCGAUAGACAUGAUAUUGUUUUUAAAGGAAUGGUAAACAGGCUCAGACCAGAUGAGAAUGAUGCUUUUCAAACAUUUGUCAUUGUUGCGGAUGAGAUUUUUGACGAUGGACAAGUUAAUUGGGGAAGAAUAGUUGCUGUUUAUGCCUUUGCUGCAAGACUUGCUAAAUACUAUACAGACAAUAACAUAAUAGUUGAACCUGAGAGAAUUAUUGGUCUAAAUAAUGAUCCAGCAAGUUCUCAUUCAAUGUCAUACCAAAAGAAAAUAGCCUUGUUUGUUGGGAAAUAUGUAGCCAAUAAGCUUGGAAAAUGGGUUCUUGAUCAUGGAGGAUGGGAUGCUUUUGUUGAGUACUUCCCAGACCAAGGAGAAUUUGAAGAAAAAAUGUGGAAAGGAGUGUUGUUUACAGCAAUUGGAUUAGGAGCUUUGGCAACUGUGGUUGCUUCCCGAUAGAUGUUGAAACCUGAUAUAUUACAUUCAAAUAAAUAGAAUCUGCACAAUGUAAGAUAAAGUGUUUAUAACAGACUGUAAAUAAGUUUUCGUUCAGGACAAAACAGAAAAGAUCUUAGUUCUAUGUGAUCUAAUUUUGCCUACUCCAGCAGAAAUUGAUUUAGUGUGAAACCAAAGUUUAUCCCAUGUACAUACAUGUCUACCAAGUUUUAGGCAUUUAAGAAAUUAGUUAAUCAUUGUGUCAGGCUGCAAGUUCUUUAAUUUAUGAAAUUAAAACAAAGCUUGUUUUUAAAAGUAGUUUUGUUGUAAUUUACCUUCUUAAUUGUUGGCCAAGAUGUCAGAUUUAUAUUUAUUAUUAUUAUUAACCAAUUCCAACUGUUUGCAACUAUAAAGAUAUAGGUUUUUAUUGUGUUUCACUUUUGUUCAUUAUUUUAAUAACUAUACCAGACUAUAUAAACUGUGUAGAGGAGAAGUAAAAAUGUGAUAAUUGUUCCAAAUAACAAUUAGUUUUUGUUUAAUGAAUGUGUUUUUAAGUUUUCCAUGGGAUCUGGUAGAUUACAUACAUAUUUCUUUUACUCUAGCAUUUUAUUAAUUUUAAUCAAAUUAUCAAGGAAUCUGCAAAAUGUAUACUAUAUAUACUAAAAAGAUUUUGCCUCGUUAAAGUUUGGAAUAGAUUUUAACUUAAGUCCAAGUAUUUGUUGAUUAGAUAUUUUUAUGUGUGCAAUACUUUAGAAAGAAAAUCAUUUGUAAUGUUUGUAUAUUUGAUACUAUGGUAUUAAAUUUGUAAAUUUUCACAUUGACUGGGUAUGGUUGAUCACAAUUGUACUACUAAGGGGCCUACUAAGCUAUAAAAUUACUCUGUUAACUCUCCUUCUUCUCAGGUAUAAAAUGUAUUUAGAAAUAGUAAUAAUGAAACAGAAAUGUUGAUAAUUAGUGUCUUUGUAGAUGACAGUAUGAAUGUAUUUGUAUUUAGCACUUUUUUAAUUUAGAGAAAUUUACAUGCUGUUUUAACUAUUUAUUGCAUAUGUUUUAAUAAUAUAGUAAUGUUAUUUAACAAUUUGUAGAGUAAAAUAAUGGACUUAAUGUUAUAUGAGUCUAAUUUUUAUACCAACACAUUAGGUUAGCGAAAACUCGCCUUUGUUUUGGGAAAUAAAACUAAACUUUGAUGCUAACUUUUAGUGAACAGCAAACAAAAACCUUGGCAGUUUAUGACAGUGUCACUGUCAGCUAUACAUACACUGGAGAUUUGUCUGUCAAAUAAGGGAUACUUUUAAACUCAUAAUGUACAAAAUAAAUGAUGUUUCAAUCUUAGACUUGUUAUAAAUUAUAUGACUGGUGUUGUACCCUCAUUGUAAGCCUUGGUCGUCUUACUGUUUCUGAUUUUGUAGGAACUAUAUUAUUAGUAAAUAAUAAUAAUGUCUGUUAUAUUUUUUGUAUUUUUGGAUGUCACUGUUGCUGGACCUAGGACAGUUACAAUACACAAAUGGCUGCUAUUGGUCACCUGGGGUCUUCACGUUGUGUUCAGGCAAUCCAGUGUCAACCAUAUUUUUGUUUUAACUUUUUAGCUUUCCACGUCAGCUUAUGCAGUAUUUGUUUCCAAAGUCUCUCCUGAAAAAGAAAUAUCUGAAACCUAAAUAUUUUCAGAUUUUUUUUGACAUGGGGAAGGGCGAUUACUGUUUGCAGUAGAUGUAUAUGCAUUAGUGACAUGGAAUGUUUACAAUAAAACUUUGGACUGACUUUUCCUAGUCAACUGUAGGCCUAUUUGUCCAUGUUCGUUGUUUGUUGUACUCCACACCUUUUGAUAAUUGAUUACAUGAACUGUUUAUAACAAAUAAAUAAUCGACAAGUACUAC